ACUUUAACUUGAGUCCAAUGCCGACAACACGCUUCUUCUGAUUUUAGUGACUCGGAACUUUUUCUUUUUUUAAAGUAAAACAAAAUUUUUUUUUGUCUUGUUUGUAGACCAACUGUGAUUCAAGAAACAAAAUGAUAAUAACUUUGAAAACUUUAAAACAACAGACGUUCAAAAUUGAAGUGGAGGAAUCGGAUUCGGUAAGAUCAUUCAAAGAGAAAAUAGAAGCUCAAAAGAGUGAAUUUCCGGCUCACUGUCAAAAGUUGAUCUAUGCUGGAAAAAUUCUUAGUGAUGAUACAAAAAUUAGUGAUUAUGACAUUGAUGAAAAGAAAUUUGUAGUUAUUAUGGUUACUAAACCUUCCUCAGAAAAAGAAAGUUCUUCCUCAGAAAGUGCCCCAGUAACACAACCUGUCAGCAAUACUUCAACUCCUUCCAAAUCAGCUGUUCAAGAUGCAACUGAAACUACUUCUACAGCAUCUAAUGCAACUGCUGCUAAAGCAGAACCAAAAACUGAAACCAAGGAAGAACCAGCAGAAUCUGCUGAGGAUACUACCGAAGCAAGCCUUAGUUCUGUAAAUGUUGAAGGUCUAGAUAUAUCUGCUGCUGAGUCAACAUUAGUUUUAGGAGAAGACUAUGAAAGAAUGGUUUCACAGAUAGCAGAAAUGGGUUAUGAAAGAGAUGAUGUUGAAAGGGCGUUGAGAGCCAGUUUUAACAAUCCAGACAGAGCUGUGGAAUACUUACUCACUGGUGUGCUUCCUCCUGAACAAGAACCUGCAAGUGAUUCUCCUCAUGCUGAUGUUACCCAGCCUAGCAAUAAUUCUUCUGUCAGUGCGGGAAGUGAGGAACCUCUCUCUUUUCUUCGCAAUCAACCCCAGUUUCAACAGAUGAGGCAAGUCAUACAACAGAACCCUCAAUUGUUAAAUGCUGUUUUGCAACAGAUAGGACAGAAUAAUCCUCAACUUUUGCAGCUUAUUUCUCAAAAUCAAGAAGCAUUUGUUAGAAUGAUAAAUGAACCAGCUGCUUCUAGUGGAGGUGGUGGCACCACAGAAUCUAUAUCUAGUGGUGGAAGAGGUGGUGGUGGUGGUGUUGCGGCUGCUGGCGGAGGCACCCCUAAUGUCCCUUUUGAAUCUGUACUAAGUCAAGCUACAACUCAAGUAUCUCCUCAAGACAGAGAAGCAAUCGAAAGAUUAAAAGCCUUGGGAUUUCCUGAAUAUUUGGUAGUUCAAGCCUAUUUUGCCUGUGACAAAAAUGAAAACCUUGCUGCUAAUUUCCUCUUGUCUCAAAACUUUGAUGAUUGAUGAAGUCAUACUUAAUUUUCAAAUGAGUGCAUCAGCAAAGAGAACUUGUUUUUUUACCUUUGCUCAUUACCAAAUGAUCUACUAAGUAGGCAGUAUCAGAAAGUGAUAUUCAAGCAAAAUUAAGUGCAAGGGUGAUCAUUUUUCAUAAAGUAUUCUCAGGCAAAUUUCCCCAAAAUUAUGUAACUAAUUUUGUUACGAAUGUUAUGCGUUGUCUUCAGCAUUAUUUAUGUAAUUGUUCAUGAACAUAUUUCAGUGUAAUUCAAAGUUUUAUGGCAAUGUUUUUCAGUGUUUACUUUUGAUUCUAAAUUUUUACUAAGGAUCAAAACUUUUGCAGUAAUCUUAAUGUUCACACCUUGUAAUUAUACUCUUUGCAAAUAUGUAAGAUCUCUGAAACAAUUUUAAUUUGCUGUGUCAUUAUGUCUCCUGUAUUUUCAAGAAUGUUUGAUUUUUCAAGGGAGAGCUGGCUUUUUUUUUUUUUUUUAAUUUUUAUUUUUUAAUGUUUUCAUCUGUUUUCAUUCAUUAGCAAAAUAAUAUUAAAAAUAAGACUAGAUAUUUUACUUAACUAAAUUAUUAUGUGAAUAUGCCUUUGCAAAAUGUUUCAAUGAGCUUGAAAAUGGUACUACUGAAAUUUAAUAAAAUGUUCUAAAAAAUGUACUUGUUGCAAAUGGUUCUCAUUUUUUGUAUGAAACCUACUAGCUGAUACACUUUAGAAGCCAUAAAUUGAAUGUGAUUUGCAGUUUUAAAAAAAAUCAUUCUUUCUGCCUCAUAUUGUUUUAUAUUAGUGAUUUGGUAUAUUGUUUUAUGUUAAAUGUUUUGAUCACCCUGCACUAUUGUUUAAAAUAAAUAUUUAAUUUUAAAAAUAUUAACACAAUAAUGAAAAACUAAUUAAAGAUAUGUACAUAUUUGUUUUAUGUCUCUUUGGACAUUCAUUUACAAAUUAUUAAAAAUAUAGCAGUGGGGAAUUGCCAUACGGAAAUUUUUGUUUCAAGAGUGCAAGCUUUGAUUUUUUUCAGUUCAUUACCAGGCUUGCUUGUUGCAAUAAAUUCAUUUUAAAUUAAAUUUUAUGCUUGGA